AUGCCCUAUCCUCUCGACACCCACGUACUGACCGUCGACACCAACGUCAUCAACAAGGUCGACACCUCAAACCCCCAAAACCUUUAUAGCAUGUGGACCGUCUUCGCAAAGUGCGCAGAGUCUGUCGAGCAGGGCCGCAGGUUAGAGAACCUCAGCUGGCGUCUGUGGAACCGUGAGACCUUCUGCUGCACCGAGGACGAGCAAGCAUCCAUCACUGCCACCAGCCUGCCCAGAGAAAUUCCCAGUGCUACCAGAUUACACGACAUUCCUCAACUGUCCGGCAGUGUUGACUCGGAAAACGACGACGAGGCCGUCGACUUCACCUCACUCUCUGCCCCUCUCGAGAUUCGCCCCCGGAUCCAGAGGCAAGACUCGUGCGCUAGCAACCGCAGCCGAGGCAAGGAGCGCCACAUUACUUCUGGAGACUUUGAAAAGAUGGUCGUCUCCAUCAUCAAGGAGAACGAGCCCUUGUCCGCUCCUCUCCCUCAGAUCUCCUCGUCCUACGUCCCUCCACAGAAGGAGACGCCCGACCUGGCCCCUGCCUCCCCCGCCUACGAACAUUCCGGAUCUACCACCACCGAGUCCCCGUCCAAGUCAUCAGAAGAGGAGCACUCUCAGGAACCUGUUUCUCCCGAGAUCACCUCCCGCACCACCGUCGUCCGCGGCUUCUCUCCCUCACAAAUCCCCGUCUCGAGGCCCACCCCUGCCACCCCCAAGGUCGUGUCGCCUGCCGCCAUUCCGGAGCCCAGGUCCUCGCCGGCAGCCAAGCCUGUCCUGUCCAAGAAGCAGCCAGUGUUUUCCAUUGGCGAGUCCUGCUCCUCCAGCGAGCAGGGCCAGAGCAUCGAGAACCUGCGACCCAUCCCUGCGCCGAAGCGCAAGAUGUUCCAGGUCGGCGGUUCCUCCGAAGAGGAAAGCUCUCUAAAGAGCGCUCUUGCCUCUCAACCUAGCUCCCUCCUUAACGGCCAGAAGAAGACAGCUUCCUUCGCCAACCGCGUCUCCACUCGCACGAUUGACGACAACAACUCGGCCAUUGCUGACGACUCGGAGACGGACUAUGUCGACGAGAGCGCAAUUGACGACGAUGACGACUCUUCCGAUUGGGAAGACUCGGUUGAGGACAGCAACAAGUCCAGCAUCGACGAAAAGACCUUCUUCCAGCGCGUCGACUCCAAGGUCAACCUGACGUCCCGCCGCUCCCUUAUUACCCUCAUGAUUGAGCAGAACGACCGUAAGAGCAACCCCAAGGCUCUUGGCAGCAUUGCUUCUCAGUCUACGUCGGCAUUGCCCUGGUCUCGCACUAGCCACACGGCUCCUCCCACCCUGGCCGUCUCCCCCAAUGACUCUGACGAUGCCCCUCUCAUGAUGAAGAGGGGCGCUCGCUCCUCUCUUCUGAAGCCUAUCACCGAGAUCCCUCGGUCCGCCGCUCAGCCCAUCUACACGACGGCCAGCCACAGCCACCUCCAGGCCGCGCUCUCCCCCCGGACCACGCGUCGCAACAUGCUUGCGACAGAGCUGACGGAGUCUCUCCGCCGCAACCUCCUCUGGGAGCGGCAGCAAAAGUCAUCGACGGCCAAUGCGGUUCUCAAGAGACGGCACACAUCCCAUGACGUGGCCAACCUGAAGCAGUACCCCGAGAAGGUCUGCCUCAAGAAUGAGGAGGCGGCUCCUCCCAACAACCCCCAGUUCUUCUCCAAGGACACGGACAACUUUGGAGGCUACCACUCCAAGGGAUGGUAG